AUGGCCGCCGCGACGGCCGCCGCCGAGAUCGCCGCACUGCCGGAGCCGCGCGGCCCUCUGCCCCGCCUCUGCGGCGACCUCUCCCGCCGCGUCCGCCUCCUCGCCCCGCUCCUCGACGACCCCUCCGCCUCCGCCUCGCCCCCGCUCGCCGACGCCCUCCGCGCCGCCCGCGACCUCCUCCACUCCGUCCACCACGGCAGCAAGAUCUAUCAGGCCAUGCGAGGCCGGGACAGCCUCCUCCGCGAAUUCGCCGCCGUCAACGAGCGGAUCCAGGCCGCGCUGGACGAUCUUCCCUACAACGACUUCGACAUGCCCGAGGAGGUGCAGGAGCAGGUGGCGCUGGUGCACUCGCAGUUCAAGAGGGCGGCGACGAGGGCGAAGCCGGCGGACGCGCAGCUCGCGAGGGACCUGGCCUGGGCGCUCAGCGACGACAAGCCCACCGUGCCCGCCCUCCUCAUGAGGGUCUCCGAGAAGCUGCAGCUCGAGACCAUGGCCGACAUGAACCGCGAGUCGGGGGCGCUGCACGAGAUGGUCAUCUCCAGCGGCGGUGAGCCCGACGGCUGCGUCGACGAGAUGUCCUCCCUGCUCAAGAAGCUCAAGGAUUGCGUCAUCGCCCAGGCCCCCUCGGCCGAGGCUCCCGGCGUUGGCAGGUCUCCCUCUGUCAAGUCCCCCAUCAUCCGGGAUGAGUUCAGAUGCCCCAUUUCGCCCGGGUGA